AUUUGAAUAAUUCUGUCAUACUCUAAAAUAUUUUUAUGUUUAUGAAAAAUAGAUCAUGUCAAAAAUGGAUUACUAUAAUUUGUUUAAUAUUUUCCUAGAAGUGUUUUCUUUUUGUUUGUUUAAUUUUUAUAUACUUUUUCUGUGGUAAAUAGGGAGUUAGUUUAUUUCUGGUUACUUACUGGGAAUCUGAGAUACUAACAUUUACAUCCACUUUUACUCACUGAACUCCAUCACUAACCAGCAGUAGAAUCUAGAAAUAUUACUUCUAGUUCUGUGAUAGCUUUAUUGUAUCUCAGUGCCUAGUACCAGAUUAACUGUAUUAGCUUCCUAUAUUAACUUUUAUUUGUGAUUUUUUCAAGGAGUGGAAAAACAGUGUUCAUUUUCCACUUUUCCCAAACCAUGAAUAAUAUGGACUAAUGACAUAUUAAGUAGACUAUAAGGUUUUUAAGUAAAAUAUUUACAUCUAUUCCUGUAAAUCUUCUGCCUGCUUGCAUCCAAGACAAUAUUGUACUUGUAUUGGAUAAGUAUCCUGCCAGAAUGUUUACUGAAUUUAUGCAUUAUUAAAUGAAUGAAAAAAAGGAAACAAUGGCCAUUAUUUGAGGGUAUUGAAGAAGCUUAUGCAGAAUAAAAUGUAUAAAACAACAUAAAUUCAGGCUCUAACUGAGUGCCUUAGAUUUCAUGUUCAUGUGUCAUUUUAGUUGAAUUUUUACAUCUUCUUCUAGGCCAUACUUAAUUUUUAUUGAGUUGCUAUGUUUAACAGUUUUUAGCAGAAGCUUAAAAUAAAAGCACUAGAAAAUAUAAAGUUUAAUGUACCUAAUGUGCAAGGCUUCAUAAGGUGCCCUAUAAAUGGGGAAACAAAUAAAUAUGGUCCUUUCUCUUAAUAGACUUACUUUCAAGAGUGCUGAAAUUCACUAUGUGUUACAAAAGUUUGUAACUAAAGUCAUUAUGUAGAAAGGUAUCUUUGCCUUCUCUAUCUUUGAAUGAGCUGCUUGGUGAUUCUGCUACAGGGAUAAGUUCAGUACCCAGUGAAUGAUAAUGAUAAUAAAAUCUGCAGAUUGUAGACUGUCUAUUGCAUUAUUGCUUGCUAUUAGAUAGCGCUAUGUAUUUUUAGCUAGUUUUACUCAAUAUAUUUGCUGGUGACAAAGUGAGUUUUCAAAGAAAAGAAGUAGCUGACUAGUAACAUUUGGGGAGAUCAUCUGUUGAAACAGAAAAAAAAAAAGGGACAGGAAUCUGAAAAUGAUUCUUUUCUUGACCAAUUAGUGACAGAAACUUCUGAGUUACGCUUUUCUUGUAUUUCAUCAUUAGCUGAUUGAUUGGGGAAAGAAAAGAGAUUUUAAUUUUACCCCUGUCAUGCAGGGCGAGAAUUCACUGUUUCAAAACGGAACUGACAAGUGAAUUUCAUUAAGACUGAUAAUAUGGCAACAUAGUGAAAGCUUGCAACUAUUAUCAGCAUGUAGAAAUUUUAACCAAGCUAUUAUUUUUGACCAAUGUUCUAUUACUUGUCAUAGCAAUCUUGUAUCUAAUGAUGGUGAAUAUAAUGGGUUAAAGAGGUUUCAUUUUAGGUUUUCAUUCAAAAAUUGUUUGUAUACAAGUAUGUUUCAUUUUAAUAUUUUUAGGUUUUGCUUACAUUGUAGGGCUACCUUCAUAGUGAAAAAAAUGACUAUUAUAUAAUUUUGUUUAUAAUUGUGGUGGAAACAACCUAGGAAUUAUUAGUGAGAACUAGCAGUUGAUACUGACAUGUGUAUUAUCAACAGUAAAUAUUCUGCUUUAUUAGCUGUUUACAUAAUAAAAACAAAGGCACAGAUGUGUAAAGCCGUAAUGAAAUGUUGCUAUUUCUGAUAAAGGGAUAUAUGAUAGGGCUACAAGUCCUUAGUUCCAGGAAUUUAAGUGAAUUGCUGUGAGCCUUUCUUCUUCCCAAUUCUGUGCCUUUAUACUAACCCCUCCUUCCACACAGACAGACUCUUAUAGUAGAAGGAUUGUGACCUCCUCUUGUCACCAUCCAAUAUAAACAGAAUAUGAAGUUAGGACUAGGCUUGUUACUGUAUCUUUAGUGCUUAGCAGUGUGUCUGGUACAAAAGUCUUACCCUAUAAAUAUUUGUUGAGUAAAUGAAUGAACACUCACAUUUUAUCACCUUAAAACCAGGCGUAAAAGUCCAGUUCUUAGACUUACUCGUUGCAUUCCAUUUCUUUUCCCUGCAGAUUCUUUGCAUUUUUCUAUUUAUUUUGUUGCCUUUUACUUGUUUGCACAUUACAUAGCAAAUUAACUCGUUUUUUUAAUGUUGUGUAUUUUUAUUCCAUAAUAUUCUGAUGUCAGUUACUAAUAAAUAUUUGUUCCUAUGGUAUCUAGUAAAAUAUAAAUGGUUCCAUUAAUGGAAAAAGACUUUGAAUUUCCAUAUUUGUAAAAGUAUUAUCUCCCAACUUGGUUUCCUUUAUAGCCAAUAAUAUACAUUAUGAUGGUUUUUGGCUGGUUCAGAUACAGUAUUAUUCAACAUUAUGAUGUAGUCCUGAUCCUCAGCUUCCUUUUGUAUAAAAUGAAGCUAAUACUUACUGGAAAGAUUUGUUUGGUAAUUAAAUGGCUAACAUCAAAGGACACCCAAUUAAAUGCACCUUCACUAAAUGUUAGUACUUUUCCCUCUCUGUUCAUUUAUUCCUUUCAUUGCUACCAAUUUUCCAAAACUAGCCCACAGAAUGAAUAAAUUCCUAUGGCCCCAUUGGCCCUUCAAUUUAGCCUUUAAGGGCCUUAAAUCUUUCUUUUCCAGCAGUAUUAUUUUGAGAGACCUGGACACCAUCAUUGACUGCCCUGUGCCUUCCUUUUAGUUCCUCUCGCACACUGUGUUUUACCACUGAGAUUGUGCUCCAGUGUGGCAUUCUGUACUGUCAUUGUCAGAGAACUGCUUACAUUGUUGGGAUUGUCUCUAUCCCCAAGCAGACUAUAAGCCGUGCCUGUCUUGUUUAGUCCUAUAGCUCCAGUACUUAGCAGUGUCUAGUGUGUAUACUGCACUCUAUAAAUAGAUAUUAGAUAAAUUGAUUUGCUUAUUUGUUUUUCUGUUAUUAUGGGAAAGUGACUAUGGGAAGAAGGUAUCUGGAUAUUCCCUGAUCCUGGAAUACAAUUCAGUGACUUCCCAAGCACACACUCUUUAUAUAUUAGAUGUAAAUAGUAACAAGAGUUUUAAUAUGUAAAGGAAGAAGCUAAAUUUUCUAUCUAUAAAAGCUAUUCUUCUGGAUUCUAUUCCUUAAUUUUCUAUUAUGUAGUUGAAGAUAAUGCCAUUUAAGACUUACUUGAUCUCUUUCUUAAUAAUAGAUGUCUCUUUUCCAUAAUUAAGCAUAGUUAAAAUAUGUUCUGUAUUUUCCAUAUUAUUUGAAAAACGAUCAGGAUUUUACUGUGUUCAUAUUAACCUUGUAAAUUGAUAAUUCUUGUGUCAGCUCAAAGUUUAAAGCUUCCUGAGUUUAAGGAAGCUAUUUCAAAUUUCUGAAAGGUAAUUUUUUUUUUCCUCUCUCUGAGUAUAAAAGUCAAACCAGACAAUUCAAUAUAAAUUUAAUCUCAAAAUGCAUAAAAAUAAUGGAGUAUGCUGGGUGUUUAUUGUUAAAAAUAUUGCACAAUUAAAUGCAGGCUACCUUGCCACUAGGUAAAUUAGUCAUGCAAUAGGUUUAGUCUACUUAGAAAUAGCACUAUGAGGAAGAAAACAAAAUUAAUUCAACUGAUAGUGUUAGAUCAAAGAAAGAAAAGAAAAAAAAAAAAGCUUACUCUUGCCAAACACAUGUUGUUAACUUUGUUCAGGUUGCAGCUUUUGUGUUUCGUUUAGGUUUCAGCUUGUCCCAGGAGGUGUUGCUAUACUGUGAAGGUGUUAGGCAGUGUAGUAAUGGAACAGGAGAUAAAAUGGAAGGCACAUAAAAUGUCUUAUCAUUUGGACUUUCCUGGAGAAACAUAGCUUGAAUAUCUGAGUGGUCAGCUUGACAUUUUAAAGCAGUGAGAAGUUGUGUCAUUAUUUCUAGAAUACUACAGUAGUUAGAGGAAAAAGAUUUAAAGUUCAUUGCAGUAAUUGCUGACAGCUUCCAUGGAAUGAGAGGUGCUUUUAGUAAGCAUGUGCUGCCUUGAAAAAAGGCAACCUGCUAGGAACGUGAAGGAAGACAGUGGGUUUUGUAAGAUGAGAAUGACAAAAAGGUAGAUUUAGAUUUGGGCAUUUUUGUACUCCUGAAAUAAUUGCAUUCAUUUUAAAGGUGGAAGAAGAUUAAAAUAACUUUUAAAGGUUGUUCAUAUGUUUAUAGCCUUUAAGAAAACAAAGACUUUAGUCUUCUGAAACUAACACCUUACAUAUUUUCAGUAACAAAAAGUAUAAAACCUGGUGGCUAGGUUGUCACAGGGAGCAAGGCAGCUGGUGUCACUGGGCUUGGCACAAUCCAUGUGAAGUGCUGAGGUGAUCCCUACUGUAGCAGCAUUCCCCUCCCUGGAAACCUGCAAUUUGCCUCUUAGUCCCAGAUGGGGAGGAAACAUGCAAACAGCCGCAAGCCGUACAUAAUGGCAGGGUUCACAUCCUGACCGGGACAAAGUAGAAAAAGGAAAAAUUCAAAAGAGUCUUUAUAACAUUAUUUGAGUCAAGGACUUUAUGCUUUUUGUAAAGGUUGUAACACUUCUUUUUUCUUUUUAAAGUUUUGAGUAUGUUAUGUUUUGUGUUUUUUUUUUCUCCCUCCUGGAUACUAGCCAACGUUCAACUGAAGGAAACACAUGGGGAUGGCACAUUUAUCACAUCGCAUGAUUUUUUGCUUAAGUAGCUAACAUUUAUUGCUUCAUAAAGAACAUCCUGCAUACAUACCAACUAGGUUUCCAGUAUAUUACUAUGCAUAUGUGUAAAUGUAUGUUCACAUUUAAACAGACUGUUACCUGUGACCCUCAGAAACACAUUAACAUAUAGAAUUAGGCAUGCCCAGAGGUUUCAAAUAUAUGAUCUAAAAGGUAGAUCUUUACCCAAACCCCAAAUCUAGGAAUAGAUUUUGUAUAAAUAAAUUUAUACUAUUACUUAUAUAGUGACUAAUAACUAUUACUAAUUACACAAAUUGUUAUUUAUAUAAAACUUAAAAAAUAGUCUGGUUGUAUUCUGUAAUCAUAGAUACCAUAGACAGAAGGGACUGCAAGAUCCUUAACAUCAGGUAGGUAGGCUUUUGAGCAUUUUGCCUGCACAAAUAAGUAGCAUUACCUUUAUUUCACAGAUAAGGAAGCUAAGCCUCUUAGAAGGUAACUUGUACAAUUCUAGGUGACAUAGAUGUGAUCUUCGGUGCUAAAUCACCAGUUAAUAGAAGAAAUAAAAUUCAGUUUGUAUAAAUUUUAAUAUACUUACCUGACCAGAAAACAUCAAGUAUUCUAAAAGAACUUUUUUGUAAAUGGAUAAGGAAAUCUCUUACAUCUGAUUAAUGUAAUAUCAUACAUAUACAAGUGUUAAAAGAAAGCUAUUUAUAUGCCCUUUAUACCUUAUAUGUCUGUCUACUUUGCUUUCUGUGGUGCAUAGUCAUCACUUUGAUGUGUUUCAUAUACUUUAGUUCUGAGCUUUAGAAAGCUGGUUAAAUGGUGAUUUAAAAUGGAGACAGAUAACUCAUUGAAUAAUCAAGACUUCAGUUCACAAGUACAAGGAUGACAUGCUUAAAGUAACUACUUACAGUGAGAAGUUAUCUAUUUGAAUUAGUGAUCUUAUGUGAAUAUUUCUUGAUUAUUUAUGCUGUACAUUUUGCCCUGAUGUUUUAUAGUAGCUGAAUAUUCUUUCAUGGCUGUGUGGGGCUUAUGAGUGCUUGUUUUUCUCAUCAAAAUAUUUUACAGUGCAUAGUUGCCUAUAUAUAUAAAAAGAUAGACAUAUAUGUCUAUAUACAUAUCUUUCACUAGUGCCAUAGAAACAGGAACUAUAUCUGUCUUGUUCACUACUGCAUCAUGGUGCCUGGUACAGAGCAGAUGCUCAGUGAGUAAUUUUGAAUGAUUUCUUAAGAGUUCUUCAUACUUGGUUGUCCGACUAAUAAGUUAACAGCAUUUGUCUUUUGAAAUUACUGCCAUUCAAGCAUUAAUUCUUUUGUGCUUUACUCAAUUUUAAAUACUCUGUGGUUUAUAGAAUAUGUUCUAUUAUAUAUUACCCAUUGAGUGUAUCCAUUCCGGAAAAAAUGGUGUUACUCACAACCAAUAUGUACUCAUGCCUUUUUCCUCUUUUCAUGCUUGCCCCUCUCUUGAGUGCCAUCUAGUUCUCCUUUUAUUUAAGUCAUAUCCAAGCUAUAAGUACUGUUUUACCUGACAUGUUUUUCAUAAAGCCUCUGUAUCUUCCCUGUACUUACAUGUAGUAAACAUAAGAACCUAGCCUUAAACCCCAAAACACUGGAUCUAGAGCCCUUGCUCUUUAACCACAGGGCUAUGUUGCUUGUUCUAAGUGAGUGAUUGCAUGCUUUUCCAGUCUUAAUGAUUUUAAUGUAGAGGAUAUUAUCAUACAGUGGGAAGCAGGGACAUAGCAAGUGACUUGCUAACAGUCAUAUAUGUAAGCAUUUAAACACAGAUAUUAUAAUCUGGCAUUUCCAUGAUUUAAAUACUUCAUAUGCUGCUUUGUAAAUGUUUUUGCCUUUAAUUAUAUAUGUUCUGUAAUCCUCCUCAAAAUGUUCAUUCAUUCAUUCAUUAGGAUAAGGAAACUAGAUAUGAGCAUUGUAAAAACAACAACAACAAAAAACUGCUGCUGCUACAUUGUAGAAAAUAAGUAUCUGGCACUGAUCUGUCAAAAUUUGUUUUAAUUCCCCUUAAUCACCACAAGUUUUCUCUUUCUCACUACUUGAUAGAUUUUAUUAGUUAUUAAUUUCUAACUGAUCAAUCCUGCAUCUCAGGGCCAAACGCAGACCCUUGUUUAUUUGACUCAGACAAAUAGUGCAGUGUUUAUGGAAGAACAGUAGAGAAAGAACUUCUGUAGGCUUGAUCUCAAUGUGUAUGACUCAAGGAUAUUUGAACCUGGGGUAUGAAAAGCUGUUAGGUUCCCCUGUUGCUUUACUUCAGAGACCCAGUAAAGCUGCUGAAGUGUGUUGCACUGCUUUGGUUCCUCCCUCUGUUGCCGUUGCCCAGUGAUAGAAACCCUGCUCCAUUCCUUAUCUAUUUCUGUUUAGCCUGCCAGCAGCCUUGCCUUCUGACCUCAUUUAAGCGUCCUUAGUGACCUCUGGCAAUCCUAUGUUGUGGGUCUCUUUGGGAACAUACCCACUCAGCUGGGUUUUAUAGUAAUGAUUUUACUUCUUACAGAAGUUAGGUUAAGAAUUUUGUACUCCCCUUGUUAAAGAGAUAAUUUCACAAUAUAAUUUGCUUCAUAAGCCUCCCACAGUUAUGUUAAGCAGAUGGUUGCCAAACACCAGUUCAAAGUAGAUUGCUCUUAUAUGAAAUAAAAUCCAUGCUCAGGAAAUUUGGCAGUAUAAGCUGGUCUUUUUCCAAAACAGGCUCACUCAGACAAAUUUCUCUUUACCUCAAGCUGGCAAUCUACUACACCUGUAUUCUACUGUGGAGCAAAAAACAUAUCAGAUGGUAUACACUGAUUCAAAGGUAUCAUUCUUUAACAUAUUGACAUCUUUUUUUUUUCUUUACUAACUACUACUAGCUACUUUGCUCUUGGUGUCAUUGGGAAAUAACAAGAAUUUAGUCAUCAGUUCUGAGUUCCAGUCGCAGCUCUGACUCUGAAUAUUUAUAUGAUUUGGAUAUGUUCCUUCACUGAUUUUGAGCUUCAGUUUCCUCAUUUGUAAAAUGAGGAUAAAAGUACUUACUUCAUAGAGUGGCUAUUGUGAUUAAUUCAGUUGAUAUAUAUAAAAUGCACCUAAAUUCUUUCCUAUUAGUAGUGGUUCUUCAAUUAAUAUUAUGUUGGUGUUGACGAUUUGUGUUUAAAACGUAACUCUGUACUGUUAUAUUUAUUCAUCACCUGUGGUUGAUUUAUGUGGGGUCUCCCUAAUUAAAAAAAUAUAUAAAUCAGUAGCAAUGGUUCAACAAAUACAUAUUGGGUGCUUCGUAUAUGUAAGGACAUUAUGAUUUCACAACUAUGAAUAAAGGCAGUAUUUCCUUUCAAGGACCUUACACUAUAGGCAGUGUAUAGGUAAGGCAAAUGUACUAAUGAAGUCACUUAAUGUAAGGUGACAUAGUUUCAUAGGAGAUGAGCUUUGUGCUCAGAAAACAUUCAUGAAAAAAAGUAGAAGAUAAGUGAUCUUUAAUGGUGUGCUAAUUUUUAUAGAAAUAGGGGACGUAUUCCAGAAAAUUAAAACAAGGGCUUGGGGAAAAAAAACAGUAAGUGGAGACAUAUAAAUGUGUUUCAAGAAGACUGAGGACAAUGGUUUGACUGGAAAAGGUACGAGUAACUAAAAGACUCAUAGGACAUAUGGCUGAGGGAUAUGACAGGACUAUAUUGUAGACAUCCUUAAAUUUCAUACCAAUACCUUUGUAUUGAAUGUGUAGGCAGUGGGCAGUCCUUGAAGACAUUAGGAAGAGUAAUAUAAACUCUGCACAAGGAAGAUUAAUCUAACAACUGAAUAUAGGAUGAAUUGGGGGAGAAAAGUCUAGCAAAAAGUUUGAAGAAAAGAGACCAGUUAGCAAGCUGUUGAUACUCUUCCAGGUGAGAAGUCAUGGGGAUCUUAAAGUAGUUGUAUCACCCAAGAAGAUGCAAAAACAGUUGGAUAUGCAAGACACAGAAGAUAUUGAACCUUUAGGACUUAGCAAAUGAAAUCAUUCAUUAAAAGGAUGUUUGCUGUGGCAUUUCUAUUUAAAGUAGGUUUAUUUUCUCUGCAUUGUGCAGUUCCCAUGAACUAGUUGUCUGCCAAAAAAUAGAAACUCCAUCUGUGGGCCACAAUGGUACUACUGUGCUAGGUAAUGAAGGUAUGUAUUUUCAUGAUGUGCGUGCUACAUAAGGUUUCAUGCCUUGUGGAGGGUCAUCAGGAAGUUAGAUAUUUUGCUCACCGUUCUUUUACAUUUUUUUCCAUGAAAGUAGGGAGGAAAUUUUUGCUCUUUAUUUUGUUGCCAAGAUCUGUUUAAAUAUUAAAAAAAUCUACAUUACCAAUUCACAGGUGUGAUUUAUCUUUAUAUCAACAAUUGACACAAGACUGUCAAAACAUGACCACAAAGCAAAUCUUGAAAUGCUAUCCUUCAUAAACUAUUGGUUUGGAGAUUAAACUUGAUAAUAUUGACUUACUGCUCAAAUUGCUGUCUUGACCUACCACCGAUAAGACAUAGCAUGACAAGGACAAACUCAGUAAAGCUAGAAAUGCAGAGUGAUGAAGAGUGUGACAGAAAACCCCUGAGCCGUGAAGAUGAGAUCAGGGGCCAUGAUGAGGGUAGCAGCCUAGAAGAACCCCUAAUUGAGAGCAGUGAUGUGGCUGACAACAGGAAAGUCCAGGAGCUUCAAGGCGAGGGAGGAAUCCGGCUUCCGAAUGGUAAACUGAAAUGUGACGUCUGUGGCAUGGUUUGCAUUGGGCCCAAUGUGCUUAUGGUACAUAAAAGGAGUCACACUGGUGAACGCCCCUUCCACUGUAACCAGUGUGGAGCUUCUUUUACUCAGAAGGGCAACCUUCUGAGACACAUAAAGUUACACUCUGGAGAGAAGCCGUUCAAAUGUCCUUUCUGUAGCUACGCCUGUAGAAGAAGGGACGCCCUCACAGGACACCUCAGGACCCAUUCAGUGGGUAAACCUCACAAGUGCAACUACUGUGGACGAAGCUACAAGCAGCGCAGUUCACUGGAGGAGCACAAGGAACGCUGCCACAACUAUCUCCAGAAUGUCAGCAUGGAGGCUGCUGGGCAGGUCAUGAGUCACCAUGUACCUCCUAUGGAAGAUUGUAAGGAACAAGAGCCUAUUAUGGACAACAAUAUUUCUCUGGUGCCUUUUGAGAGACCUGCUGUCAUAGAGAAGCUCACGGGGAAUAUGGGAAAACGUAAAAGCUCCACUCCACAAAAGUUUGUGGGGGAGAAGCUCAUGCGAUUCAGCUACCCAGAUAUUCACUUUGAUAUGAACUUAACAUAUGAGAAGGAGGCUGAGCUGAUGCAGUCUCAUAUGAUGGACCAAGCCAUCAACAAUGCAAUCACCUACCUUGGAGCUGAGGCCCUUCACCCUCUGAUGCAGCACCCGCCAAGCACAAUCGCUGAAGUGGCCCCAGUUAUAAGCUCAGCUUAUUCUCAGGUCUAUCAUCCAAAUAGGAUAGAAAGACCCAUUAGCAGGGAAACUGCUGAUAGUCAUGAAAACAACAUGGAUGGCCCCAUCUCUCUCAUCAGACCAAAGAGUCGACCCCAGGAAAGAGAGGCCUCUCCCAGCAAUAGCUGCCUGGAUUCCACUGACUCAGAAAGCAGCCAUGAUGACCACCAGUCCUACCAAGAAAACCCUGCCUUAAAUCCCAAGAGGAAACAAAGCCCAGCUUACAUGAAGGAGGAUGUCAAGGCUUUGGAUACUACCAAGGCUCCUAAGGGCUCUCUGAAGGACAUCUACAAGGUCUUCAAUGGAGAAGGAGAACAGAUUAGGGCCUUCAAGUGUGAGCACUGCCGAGUCCUUUUCCUAGACCAUGUCAUGUACACCAUUCACAUGGGUUGCCAUGGCUACCGGGACCCACUGGAAUGCAACAUCUGUGGCUACAGAAGCCAGGACCGUUAUGAGUUUUCAUCACACAUUGUUCGAGGGGAGCACACAUUCCACUAGGCCUUUUCAUUCCAAAGGGGACCCCUAUGAAGUAAAGAACUGCACAUGAAGAAAUACUGCACUUACAAUCCCACCUUCCUUCAGAUGUUGACAUACCUUUUAUUUUUUUUAAUAUUAUUACUGUUGGUAAUUCUUAUUUUGUGGACACAGUGUCAUUUGUUCUGCCUAAUAAUGAUAAGGAAGAAACAGAAGAGAGAAGGGACGAGGAUAUUGUUUCUUUAUCACUUGGCUUGUUUAUUUUGUGGGAAUUUAAGAGCAGUGCAUUUCUACCAAGGCAUAUCAUGCUUUGAAAAAUCACUUGAUGCAUAAAGAUUCACCUAAGAGAUUUUAAUUUGCCACUGAUAUUCAGGAUUAUGUUUGAAGACAGGAAAGUUUAGAGUUUUCUGGGUAGGAUAUUGGUGGUUUAAAAUGGUAUAAGUAACUUUAUUCUUGAAAGAAGAAUGUGUUUCAAACUGUAAACCGAAUUUUUGUUCUUCAGAGAUUAUGGAACACAAACACUUUGUUAUUUUCAGUGAUAACUCCUAAGAUGAGCUGAGUUGUUGUUGUGGGUUCUAUGUUUACUUCCCCUAUGGAAUUUAUAAUUCAGUAUGUUUUACACUGUACCAUAUAGGAAAACUUUUAAACUACAGGUAGUUAAGGGCCACCUACAAUACAUCUGAGGUCCUGUGAUCUUAUUUUUCUAAACAUAAGCACUGUUUUUCCAUAGUUUUGAUGACUGGCAUUUUAUAGACACCCCGGCAGCCUUACUUUUAACACCUUUAUUGAAUAGUAUUUUUAUGUGGUUUUCAGAAUAACAUAUGGUCUAAGAGUGGAUAAAAGGCAGUCAAUAAUUUCUGGGAGGGAUUUCUACUUUUCUUAAAUUUGUUUGAGAGGUUUUCUUUUAAAGUUGUAAUGUGAUGGCAGCAUAGUGUAUGUAUUUGUUUCUAAAAGUAUGCUUACGAUCGUCACUUUAUCACCAUUUAAUCAGUGUUAACAAGUCAGCAGAAAAAUUUAAUUAUGCUAACAAUAGGGGGAGAAAACCCACUUAGAAAUUCCUUUUCUGGCAUUUCUCUUUUCACUGGUUUUCUUCAAGAUGUGACCUCCAGUGUUCUGUCCAUAGUUCAUUCAUCUUUUAUUCUUCAAGUAGAAGGCCUAAAGUCUUGCUGUUGGCUAUUUCUUUCAAAAUCUCCACAGAGCAAUUGCUAAUUUGACCUGAAUCUGGUAACUUGAACCCUGUAAGGUUAUAGAACUAGGGUCAUUUAUUUUAGUAUUUCUUCGGUAGUAUUUACUACUCUUGCUGCAAAGAAAACAGAACAGAACUUCUUUGUAACCUGUACAUUGGACAACAGAUAAAAGAAAUUAAAAAAUAGGAAAGUUUACUUUUACCCUUCUUGGAGUCUAGAAUGUGACAGAACCUCCAAAGGAAGAUCCUGCACAUUAUUCUGUUUCCAAAACAUUUAACUCUGUUAAGCCCUUGUCAGAAAUGAAUCUCAAUCCCUUCGUAUAGAAUUCCCCUUACAUGACGUAGGCUGCCAUGUUUCAUGUGCAGAUUUGAAUUUCAUUCAUGUGGGUGCUCUGUUUUUUCUUUGCAGUCCAACCACAUUAGAGGAGAGGAACCAAGUGACACUGAUUCAAGUCAUUUUAGGGGGACAUACUUGGAAGGCAGAACUUGAUGCUUCUGUUUAGGGAGGACAGGCGUGACUGUGACUGGAUUAUCUGAUAACCAUUUGUGAAUACUGAAAUUCUGUUAAGCAGUAACUGAUAACUGCUCUAAAAGAUUAUUAAAUAGGAUGCUGAAAUUAUGUUUCUUAAUACAAUGUGGUAUGAGAAUUACCAAGUAAAGAGAAUUGUGGACAUAAGCAAGUCUGGCCCCAAUACUGCUCUUAACUCAUUUUCCAGCUUACCAUUUGCUAUUUCUAAGAACUUCCAAGCACUAACACAGCACUUCUAAGCACUAACACAGCUAGAAAUAGGCAAAAUUGUUAGAACUCAACUCUCUUCUGCUAGUCCCUAUCACAAUUAUUUUUGGGAAAAUGUCCAAACUGUCCCUUUAAACCCAAGGGAAUACACCACAACAGAGAUAUAUAGAAUGUCAACCAUUUUAUUUUAUUUUAUUUUUGCAUGCCUUGGUACAUUGUGAACAUACAAUCUAUUCAAAGAUGAAGCAUGUUUUUGAGACUCUCUCACUCCUCUCACCCUAACCACUCCUGAAUAAUAAUUGGAAUCCGUUUUUUUUUUCCUUUUGGAUGAGGUAAAUAAUUUUAAAGUUGAUAUUUUGUCUUUUACUGCAAUUUAAGGAAAUAUUUGGAUGUCAGUCAAUAUGUUCAUAAUUUUGGCUGCAUAUAAAUUUCUGCUGGCAUUAUCUAUGAAUUUUCUUCCUGCUUAUUUUUUUGUUUCAGUAUAUGAACAAUCAUGUAUCUACCUGCCCCGUGAUGAAACUGAAUUUAGGUGGACCCUAAACAUUUGUGUAGUUUCCUUAUGAAGACAGUGCUAAGGCACUUUCCUUUUCUGAUUUCAUCUUUUUGGUAAUCUGUUUUAUUGAAAGUAGUUAGUAGUUGAGAGUGCAUUUGCUACAAGUGUAUACUUGUAUUUUCCUAACUUCAGGAGGAACAGAAAGAGCUGGAGAUGGCUCAGGGUGUGGCAAGGACAAAUGAGGACAAGGUCAAUUCAAAUUUGUAGGUCAGAAAGAAGUUUAUUGGACAUAGUGUUUUCAGAGAAACUCUGGAUGGUUAUAUUUGCAUGUCUUUUCUUCACAAAAGGAAAUAUGCAAGGUUGUAGCAUCAAAAAUAAAUAUGAGAGUCAGACACCAAAUGAAUCAAGUUUUACAUGACAGUUGUAUGCCCAGUUUAUUUAGGUGAGAUUUCACAUUACAGAAAAUAUUUGAGGAGCAUGAAAAUGGGUUAUCUUCUAUAUUUUCCAGUUUGGCAAACAUUCAGAAUUUCAUCACAUUGCUUUGCCCUAAUUUUGCCCAGAAUUUUAUCUUAACCUCUCUCUAAUAGUGAUGAAUCAUGUUUAAAAAGCCAUUCUAAUUAGACCUUUUUAAGACAGGGAAAGGGACCAGUAGGCAGACUGGAAGAAAUUUCAAGUCAUUGAGAUAUUCCAUUGAGAUUUUCUAAAGGGACAAAAUUGGGAAAAUAAGAAACUAGGACUUAGAUUUGGCUAGAUAGUAGAAAGUAUCUCCCCUACAUACAUACAGGUAGUUGUACAUAUGAAGCAUAGUGUAUAUGUGUGUGUGUAUCACACACACAUUCUUUUAAGGAGAAUUCAUGAAAAAGCAGUUGGAGUGAUCAGAUAUAUUGAAAAAACAUACAGAAAAUUUAAAUGACAAUUAAUACUAAGAAAUUAGGUGGGUUUACUUUAUCAGGUUAUAACAGGAAUCACUAAAGACAUUACUAGUGUGUCUUAAGGACUGUCUUAAGGACAAGUGGCAACUCUUAAACUAAAACUUUGGGUCUUUGUUAUCUACUUACAGAACAAAGUGAAAUAAACAAUGAUUAAACUGAUUUGAUAUAAAUUCAAAGAUAUUUAAAGUUUGUUUGGAAUAGGAAGAAAAUACAGAAAAUAAAUAUUAUCAACUGUUACCUACUGGCAAAGAAAGACAAGAAUAGAUUAGUGAGCCCAGUAUUUUGUUUUUAUGGUUUUUAUCUUGGUUGUACAACUCACAAAACCCUGAAGUCUUUGGUAUUUUAUAAAUGUUUAACAAAAUUUAUAUCAGAUUAAGGCACUGAGAUGAAAAUUAUGUUCUCAUCAUCUUCCAAAUUUUAUUUCAUCCUAUCUCCAAAAUGAUUUCUUAGGGUAGAAAAAGAGCAGAAGAGACUGCAAAAAUGCAAACAAAAAACUGUGUGCUUAUAGUUUCAGGCAGAAUUUAGACUGUCAGAGGUACUAGCUGCGUGAUUCGUUUUUUAACUUUUGGAUUGUUCACAUCCAAAAAUGGAUAAAUUACGUUUGUGGUUAUCUUCAGUUAUAUAUUAUUUUAAUACAUGCUAUCUGAAAGAAGAGUAUUCUAAACCAGAAAAUUCCCCAAAUCCAAAAGAAAAAAAAAGUGGGAGGGGGUGAAAUUGAAGUUUGUAUUUAUGAAAGUUAUCUUAGAAAUAUUGUUAAUUCCCAGUUUCUGCAAAAUAAUUAAAAUAUACAGUAACUGGUCUCCUACAGUCCUGAAUUUAAUGUAUUGAAUACUUAUUUUCUUUAUAUUGGUGCCUUUUUAAAAUGCAUUGAGAGUGUCGGUUAGCUGUUGCAGCUCUACAACACUUUUAAUAUGCAUUUUUAAAAAUCACUUAAAAUUGAGUAGUAGGUAAUUCAUCUUUGUUUUUAGGGCAAAUCUUUAGAGCAGUUUCUAAUACAGAAAUUUUCAGCUCAGCUGUUAAAAGGAAAAGGAAACUUUGAAACUAGACGUUAAUGCCUUUUUAGUUUCAUAUUAUUUCUGAAUAUGAUUACAAGAUUAUGUAGGUAAACUAUAGAGUGAAACUUUACUUGUGAAUUGAAUUACAAUUUGUGUUUUUGUUUUGUUUUUAAGGAAGAAUAAGUUCUGAAUCAAACAAGAAUUUAUUAGAUAAUUUUUGGUCAAUAAAAUACAGUAUUGAUUUGGAUUUUCAUCUCUAGACUAGUAUUGUUCUAGUCUUGGAAUCUGUGUUUUCUAAUCUAUUAGAAAACAGAGAUUGAAAAUUGAUGGAAUAAUGUAAAAAAGUAGGUAAUUAAUUCUCCUUGAACAAAACAAAACUGAACAGUCAUAUCACAUUGCUAUUCUCCAAAGCAUAAUCUCAAAUGGUUUCAAACCAUGUUUGUGUAUUACUUGCAAUGGGCGUGUUAGGAUAUGACAGCUUUUUAAAAAACGAGCUGCUGGUUAUACAAAGCAAAUGGCAUAUGACCAAGAAGCUGUGAUAUUCUAGUGUUUCUUUUUAUCAUAGUGUAUUACUAGGCCAAAUAAUGACACCUUGAAUAUUUUUACAUUUACUGCAGAAACCUUAAACUUUGGAAUUUCCCUAAGGUUUUUAUGUAAUAUUCUAUUUCUAGCUUUUUAGUUUUAUCUUGCUGUACUGUAAGUUUGAGGAUAUUUUUCACAUGCACUCUUAGGAAUAAGUUCAUAAUUCUGUUUAUGGGGCUUUCCUCCCAUAACACUGCAUUUGUAUAUUUUCUGUAUAAAUGUGCUGUGUAUUAACCUUUGUCCCAUACAGAGAGUGGUACAUGAAUGACUAGUUUUCUAAGAUGUCCUUUUUAUUGUGAAUAAAAUAUAAAAUUUAGAGGCCCUCUGCUAAGCCACAUAAAGUACAGCAUAUAACUUCAUAUAGGUACAAAUAAGCCAGUUUGCAGUGAAUUGGGCCUUCAAAUUACCUCAAGUGACAUACAGUAAGAAAAGCUUCUUGAGCAGGUGGAGGUCACUGAAUCCCCUACUAUGCACUUAUCAGGAUUAUACUUACUUUAAUUUACUGGAAAUUGAUAUUUUAAAACACAAGUACACUGUAACAAGGGAAGGAAUCUGGGUUUGGGUUUUUUUGUUGUUGUUUUAUUCUUGUUUUUUUAAGUAGUUCAAAUUCUGAAACUGUGAUUUAAAAAUUUUUGACAGCCAAGCAUUCUGAGUUUGAACAUAAAUCCCUUCCCUUUCUGUGUAACAAAGGUCUCUCUCUUAUCUCUUAAAUUUUGUUAUGUUUCCCCAAUCUUUCUUUGUCAGUCUCCUAUCAUUGUUUAUGGAUGUCUUUGCCUCUCUGUUCUUCUAAAAGUUUGAAGAUUAGGUCAACUCUUAUUUCCAAUUCAGUGGUUAUUUAAUCUUAUUUUUUUUUUGUUUGUGAUUUUUGUUGGUUGUAUAAUCUGCUGACAUAUUUUUAUACUCAAAUGUAGUUUUCUAUUAAAAAGAAAAGUGGUUGGAUUAAAAAUAGUAAGCUAUAUAACCUUCGCGUUACUUUCACUUUCAAAUAUUGGGUACCUAAAACAUUACUUUAGAGAUUAUGUAAUUCUAUUAUGGUAUGUUUGCCUUCCUUUUUUGUUGGAUUUUACAUUCUGAUUUGGCUUUCCUCCAAAAAUGUAUAUCACGAAGACUAGACAACUAUUUGCAAGUGUUUAGAAAGGUGUUAAAAAUAUAAAGCAAAGAGUCUUAACUUUCUCUUAAUUGGGAGAAAAAUGCUUUAACAUUACUAUAAUAAUAUUCCAGGUUUGGAGGGGGUCUCCAGGCCCCAUGUUUGCUGUUAAUAGUUGGACCUUUUAGACCAUGUGUUAUUUGCAAUCCCGGAACGAUUGCUUCUGCUAUUAGUUAAAAAUAUACUAUUCUUUUCUCUCUGUACAAGUGCAAUACUCCCCUUGAAGUCUUAAAAACUAUGGUGAUUUUUUUUUUCUUUUCUUACCUAUUCUUCCUUUAGCUAAUGGCGAAAAGAAACUCAUAGUAUGUUAAAGGACACGACAAGCAAAGAGAAAAACACUCCACAAUCAAAAGAUUACAGAAUGUGGAAACCGCUAGUUUGAUCUCAUGGUAUCUUUAUUUAGGCUAAAAUUUCCAUGGAAAUUAGUAAUAUUUUGCUUGAAAAAUGUGUCCUAAAGUUGAACUUUUUACAGAUUGAACCUUCUUCUUAGACCCUCGCCCAAUGCUCUAAAUUAAGAACCUAAUACUUAAUUUUUUAAUUUCACUUGUCUCCUUUGAGAAAUAAACUUUUAAAUAAAAGCAAAGCACUUAGCUGAGUUUUAAACACUUACAUAUCACCUAUUGGAGAAAAAUUUUUAAAAAUAUUUGGAGCAGUCCUGUUUUCAUACAAAUUUAUGUAAGAAGUAUUUUUCUUAUACAUAUUUAUAUGUAGUAUGCUAAUUUUCUUUUUUUAUACCUGUGUCCCUGUAGUAAAAUUGCUGUAAUAUAAAUACAUAUUUUGUUAAAAGAUAACAUUUCUUUGGCAUUUCUUUUAAAGGCAGUUACUGCAUUUCUGCAUUUGUACAGUAUGUGUCUUGGCCAUUUUAGAUAUUUUUCUUUAACAAUACCAAAGGUAAUUAGACUAUUUUAAAGACUAAUUGCUUGACAGUUUCUAGGAUAUUUUGUGUUUUAGAAGCAAAAAAAAAAAAAAAAUGGUCAAACCAGUAAACCUCAUUUUUUUUCAAACUAAUAAUUUGGGGAAAUAAAAACUAUUGUUUAAAAAGAAAUAUAUAUAUAUAUAUAUAUAUAAAUAUAAAUAUAUAUGUAAAGUUAAAAUUCCAGACCUUGUAUGUCAGGUUUGCUAAGUGUAAUGUAGUUUUUUUAAGGCUCAAAUACCAUACCUCAGAAAAUGAGGUUUACUAUGGAAAUACUGAAACAGUCUUUGCAGCUGUGUGACAAGUCACUCUACUACAUACUGAUUUGGAGACCUCCACUAAACAGUUUUAUCACUGCAGACUAAAAUGUGGGACUUGUAUUUUCUUUGUUUUUAAUGCACACACAUACAUGUUCUGUGCAUGUAUGUGGUUACUGUGUAUAUGUGUAUGAGUGUUGUAUAUGCAUGUGUGAGUGUGUGUCUGUAUGUGUGUACAACUAAAGAAGCUGCAGAAACUUUGUAAUACUUUGUGAAAAGGAUUAUAUUAUAAAGGUUUGUACUGUCUGAGUGCACAGCUACUGGAAUAAAUUUAGGGAAUCUCAGGAACAAGCAUAUAAUUUGUCCAAGAUUUAUUUCUUCUCAGAAGUGUAAGUGCAGUUUUUAAUUCUGUAUAUUAUUUAAUAUUUUACCAAUAAAAUAAACUUCUGACAUAAAAAGUUUGCUAUAAAAA